AACUUCCGGUAGAGUAGGCGUGGUUUACGCUGUCAACUAACCGAAGAACAACAAAAACAACCCGACCGCAGAGGGGGGUUCUGCCAAAGCAGGGACCGAGGCAUGUGAUCUGAUGUGGUGUUGAAAACACUCUUUCCUUUGGUCUCUGCUACAUCAGAGGACUUGAACCAUGGAGUCCUCUGAUGAAGAUGAGGUGCGCACCUUUGUUCAAGUCCUCAGUGAGAAGUAUAACCCUGAGAAUUUCCCCUAUGGCCAAGGCGUAGGAGUGGUUGUUCUGCCCAGGCCUCCAGGAUCCCCUGUCAAAGAUCGCCUCUUCUUGCCCAGCGCACUGGUUCUGAAUGACAGUGGAAUCAGUAAAGCCGGCGACAGGCAAGACAUUGCUGCUUUCUGCGCCCACGUGGUAGAGCUCGACCUGUCCCACAAUCAGCUGAAUGACUGGGGAGAGAUCGGCACCAUCGUUUCCAGCAUCCCACACCUGGACUUCCUCAAUCUGAGCAUGAACCCGCUAAGCGGCGUGCAGCUGGAGCCGAACAUGGCAGAGGUUUUUUCCAGGGUCCGACGGCUGGUCCUCAUUAACACACAAGUCAGCUGGGACACUGUUCACACACUCACGCAGCACACACCGGAGCUGGAGGAGCUCUUCCUGUGUCUGAACGGCUACAACAGCGUGUCAGAAUCCCAGACGGCAUGUCCGUCGCUACGCCUGCUGCAGAUUACAGAUAACCAGCUGCAGGACUGGGCAGAAGUGAGGAAGUUUGGGCUGCUGUACCCCAGUCUGAGCACACUGGUGCUGGCCAAUAACAGCGUGGACUCUGUGGGAGACACCAAGGAGACACUGGAGCACCUCUUCCCCAACCUGCGUAGCAUCAACCUCAACAAUUCAGGUCUUAGUAAGUGGAUCGACAUUGAAAGGCUGAAUUUCUUUCCCAAACUGGUGGAGGUCAAAGCAAAAGGAAUCCCUUUACUGCAGUCUUACAGCACCGAGGAGAGACGUAGCCUCCUUUUAGCACAGCUGCCCUCCGUAAUGGUGCUGAACGGGGGUGCCGUGUCUAAUGGUGAGAGAGAGGAUGCUGAGAGGUUCUUCAUCAGAUACUACCAGGACUGUCCAGAGCAGGAGCGUCCCGAGAGGUACCAUAUCCUCGUGUCCAAAUAUGGCCAUCUGGCUCCACUGGCUGAGGUAGACCUGAGUCCCCGCCUCACCAUGGUGGUUGUUCGCUGGGGUGACAGGGUGGAGACAGUCAGCCUCCGUCUGGAGCAAACAGUGGGUGACCUAAAAAAACACCUUAAGGGUCUGCUGCAGCUGCCCAAUGGGAUGAGGCUCUUCUACAUCGACCGAGAGAUGUGUUCAAUAUUUGGACCAGAGGAGCUGAAGUGCGGCACCCGGGCCCUGCAUUCCUACGGCAUUCGAGACGGGGACGAGAUCCUGGUAAUGCCCAGGGAGAAAAGCCGCUGCAGCUCCUCGGGUCUUUGAGUCGGGAGGUUCUUACUUUUGACUUGGAUUGGAGGAAUUGUAGAAAUGAUAAAUUACUGGAUAUUAAGCUUUUGACUUGAACCCUUUUUUUUAGAUAUUAUAAAAAGGGUGGGUGUUUUUGAUGGUAAAGAGGUUUGCUGUCCAAAAUCUUGAUCACAUUUAUGCAAUAGUACAUUUGCACAUAGUUGUUUGAUAUUUACAAAGACUUGAAUGCAAGUCGCACAUUUCUAUGCUUCAUGUGGCUUGAGUUACAACUGCAGUUUACAUCUUAUAGACGAAGCAUUAAAAAAAGAUCAAAAAGUUCUAGGACUGCUCCCUUAAUGGCCAAAAACCAUACCUGACCUGAAAUUUGGCCGUCCUCCCCUUCAGGGUCUUCCACAUGUGCACCUCUGGAUAAAUAUCAGUCUUGUUAUGACCACUUCCACUUGUUCUUCUGUUUGCUGGAUAUGUUUUGCAGUCAAAACAGCAAUCAUUCAGCUUGAAUUAAAUUUUUGGGAAAGCGAUGGAAAUUGGUCCAAGGAAAUUUGGACAAGUCCAAGGAAAGGCAAGUGCAGGUGGUUAGAGCGGGCGCAAUCCAAAGAAAGCCACCUCACUAACGUGAUCGGGAUAGGCACAAGAACACGACCUUGAACAGGAGUUCGGCCAAAUUUAUAUCUGAUGUUUUUAGAUUUUCAGGGGCUGCAGAACAUUAAGAUCAUACUUCCCUUCAUACAACUGUCUUUAAUUUUUUUUAAUUGCUUCCCUUAUUAUGAAUUAAAUGCAUAAAUUGCACACCAAUUUCAAAACUAAAAUUACCUUAUAAUUAAAGCAUUUGAAGGGUUAAAACAGACCUUCUAAUCCCUACUGUUGAAUACAUUAAAAUUAGGAGACAAAUAUAAAUUAUACACAAUUUCAGAUUCAAAUUCAUUGGAUAUCAGAAAUGCCCUUUCUGAGAAUACAUUCUGCCACUUUCAGUGCACAUUAUGUCUCUGUAAUGACUACACCUUGAUCAGCAUUGUCAUUUUUCUCCAUGUUUCUUUUGUAAAAGAUUAAUUGAUGCCUGUUCACUAUAAACUGGCAGCAGGAGAUUUUGUACAGUCUGUGCUAAAAUUGUUCCAACCUAUUACGUUCUCUAGAAGCAACCAUGAUGGCAAAAAUAAAUAAAUAAAUAAUAAUAAUAAUCAUACUGCAAUGAUUGCAACUAAUCAAGCUUUAAACAUGGUCUUGAUUUUUUUGUAGUGCCAAGGUUUUGUAAAUUGGGUACCAUCCAUAUUUGCACUGCAUUAAAAAAAAAUUACAUUUUAUUUACAUUUUCAUGAUGAUGACAGCCUCAAAGCGUUGCUCUACCUUUCUAACCUUUAUUUAAGCGGAGAAGAUUUUGUUUUGUUUUCCUGGAGGAAGAGUGUUUAGAUAAGCAGCACAUGUAAUUCCCUACUUCUUCUUGUUGCCCAGCUUAGACUUUUUCCACACGAUUGUAGUGAAAUAUCCCGGAAUAACCUGCGAGCUGAUGCAUAAAUGCCAUGUGUUGGGGGUAACGUGCACGCGCGCACCCGCACACACACUCUGAUACCUCUCAGUCGAGACGCCCUGGCAGAAAGACGAGACAUGUCUGAGGUGAGCUCGGGUCUGGGACAGAGAAAAGAAGGAGUGUUGAUGCUCAAGUUACCGCAGGUCUUCUGGCUGUCCUGCGCAUGAAUGGAGCGGCAAGAGCAGCUGAGAAGCGCUGAGGCUCACUCUGUAUGGUAACCACACACCAGCUGCUGUGUCACGGACACUUCCGCUGGAUUUAAGUUGGAACAGGUUCACCAAACAGCUUCUUGGCCCUCACCGGUCCACCCAAGUCUCUCUCCUUUACAUUUCCAUCUCACAGACAUCCAAACUUGUAGUUUGCGCCGUUUCGUAGGUCCUGGUGUUGUGAGCUUUCAGCAGGAAUUUUUCAACCUAUCUUAUCGCCUGAAGAUUUAUUUUACUUUAGCUGACGAGACUUUGGCUGUUGGUGUCUGCUGUGUUUUACCAGCUGGAGCAUUACAGAUGUAGUCACUUAAACUAUGUGUCAUAACAAUACUGGUGCAUUUUUUUCACGUGUUCGUUGGUAGCAAGUGAAGUUAUUUGGGGUUAAGUCAUUGUUGCUGUGGUUCUUUCUCUAAUUUAGACUCUAAUUAGAGCUCCCAGGUCAAAAUGCUUCUCUUGAGCGUCCGCAGAUAAAGUGUUUUGUUGUGUUUAUGCAAGCAUGUGAACGUGCUGGGGUGCACUUGUCCUGCGGCAGGCUCACAGUGCCAUCUGGACUGACAGAUUUUCUUUGUGUAGUAGAUGACUGGAGAUCUCUUUGUUUUAUUGACUUUUAUUAAUCUGUAUUAUGAUGAGUGGGCUCUUGAGAAGUGCUGGGAUAAGUGUGAGGGGUUUGUUUUGUUUUUUUGGAUCAUUGUGAGGUUGGUUUGCACAGUCUCAUAUGUCUUUGUUUCUUUCAGCAUUUCAUCAUAUGCGAGAUGUGUCAUUUCAGGGAAACGAUGUUGUUUUAUGGGCAUUUGUAAUUUUGACAUUUCUAGAAUAUUAACUGCGCCUGUCACCUUUAUAUCUAUCCUUCAGUAAUACCAAAACAGAGUUUAUUUACAGAUUUUAAGAAGUUUUAAAAAAAUAGAUGAUCUAAAGUUCACUUUGCCUUGUGCUGGUUAGUGUGUGGUGUUUAAUUUAUAUUUCAUUUGCUUUCUGUAUUGCUUUUCUUCCGUGCACUUUUAAUUCUCAUUUGCAUUACUGCAAUCUUUCUAUACCUGUACUGUAUAAUGGUGCUUUAACUUCUCUUAAAUAAAAAAAAUAAAUACGGAUUGU